GCGCGCGGAGCCCGGGCAGCGCCCAGGGACCAUGGGCGCCUCCCGGCUCUACACCUUGGUGCUGGUGCUGCAGCCUCAGCGCGUGCUGCUGGGCAUGAAGAAGCGGGGCUUCGGAGCCGGCCGCUGGAACGGCUUCGGGGGCAAAGUGCACGAGGGCGAGACCAUCGAGGAUGGGGCCAAGAGGGAGCUGCAGGAGGAGUGCGGGGUCACCGUGGAUGCGCUGCACAAGGUGGGCCACAUCACGUUCGAGUUCGUGGGGGAGCCCGAGCUGAUGGACGUGCACAUCUUCUGCACAGACAGCGUGCAGGGGACGCCCACGGAGAGCGAGGAGAUGCGGCCUCAGUGGUUCCCCCUGGACCAGAUCCCCUUCGCCCACAUGUGGCCGGACGACAGCUACUGGUUCCCCCUCCUGCUCCAGAAGAGGAAGUUCCAGGGCUACUUCAAGUUCCAGGGCCACGACACCAUCCUGGACCACAGGCUGCACGAAGUGGACACGGUGUAGGCAGGACCACGGCCCCGCCCGCCCGUCACGGCCCCCGCUCCUGCAGCCCAAGCACCAAAAAGGACAGAGCAGCUGCGGGCACCAAGCAGAACCAGGCUCGGGCUGUGUGUGUGGAACGUGAGUGGAUGGGAAGGAAAAUAAAUGUCUUUCACCCUCAGUUCUCAGCAGGCGUCGGGACGCCAGCAGGCAUGCUUGGCCAUGACUGCCCCUGUGGGCAGACAGCGGGAGACUCGGCCGGCGGGCAGACGGGACCGGGACCGCGCUGGGACCGUGGGGCCUGCGGGGGGUGCUAAUGGGCUUGGUGCUGCAGGCUCGCUGGGGGCAUGGAGGUGGACAGGCGGCAGGUCCUCACCACACUGAGACCCUUCCUUUGUG